CUUUAUCUCAACUCUUGUGCGACUAUAAAAGCAGUCGACUGGCCGGGAAAAGUUGCAGUUCACAUCGAACGGGGUACUCAGAAUGAAGCUGGCACUGAUCCUGAUCCUCUGCUGUUGCCUCAUCGGAAUGGCUCUUGGUGACUCGCUUGUGGUGACCAAGCCCCCGUUCAUUCGCAGUCGCUACAGCUUGCGUUGGAAGAAGACGACCUCUGUGGCGCCGGAGGUGGUCACUGGAUCCGGUGGAGCCACCAUUCACACAGUCACCACCACCGACCAUCCCAAGCUGGCCACCUCCACGGCCAGUUCGGACUACGACUAUUACGGCAAUGGGGAGACGGAGAACGUGGUGCACAAGUAAUAUAAUGAUAUAUAAAUUAACUCCUAAUAUAAUCAGCGCAGCUUCA